CAGAUAGCGCCCUCCUGCAGCCCCCAUCCGCCUCGCUACCUUGGCACCGCCCGCAUCCUCGCCAGUAUAUACCCGAAGCGCCGGCCCCACACGCAAAGCAGUCUCGUCUGUUCGCGCCCAGAGACCACCGCCCAACACGCAACAGCCACUCGCUCCAACGCAGGUGCCACCAUGAGGACCGCUGUAGUCGCCAUCUUUGCUGUUGCCAUCGUGCUGAGCGCGCAAGCACAGUACGAGCCCUGCGGCAAGGGCGAGCCAUGUCCCGAUGGCGAGUGCUGCAUGAUCACCGGCGUCAGGUACGGCACGCCCUCUUGUCACCCUCUGCGCGCCAGUGGUGACACCUGCCGGCCACACUCGAAACCGCAGAACUUCACGCUGUCUGCCGGCCCGUUCGAAGCGGCUACUCUGUACACGGGCGUCUACUGGGCCGCAUGUCCCUGCCAGUCGGGCCUGGAAUGCGCCGGUGGAACCUGCGUCUAGCUGCCUCAGCCUCUCACCGAAUCACCGCGACAACUUCAUCAGCAUCAGCACGACUAAGCGAACUCGAAGAUUCAUACUUUGGUAUAUUCAGAGAGUGGAAAACCGAUACAGCGUACAAUACGUAACGGCAGUCAAGUGGACGAACGAUAUUUUGCCACAGGUUUCAUCUGAUAUCACCGUUGCCACCAUCCCUUCCGUCUGUCGUCAAUCAUGAAUUCACUUUAAUGGAAUUGUGGACCCUUCCAACUGAAAAACGUAUCUCACCUUAAUAAAUUAAUACGCACGCCGCGCUUACAGUGUAGACUGUUAUUGUUAAUCGACAGUCAUCUCUCUGCACCGUUCCCACCCCUCUCCCACCUAGUCUUAACCUCAUCAUGUCUCAUAUCGCGCACAGUCGAUGAGUUUUUCAUCUAAGCAGUGUAGUUAUUACAUACUAAACCCAUUUAUGGUAUUCGGAGCAUAAUUCACGCUUAAAUUAUACAUCGAGAUAUGCUUCAGGAAAACUUUCGAUGUUCUAAGGGCACUUCCGAUUAAGGACAUCUCAAGACAUUAAUCGAAGUGAAUACUCUACCCAUAAUCAAGCGUCACCUCGAAAACGAAACUCUUCAAGCAUUAGGGUGACCAGACGUCCGGAUUAAUCCGGACAUAUCCUGCUUUUUAGCUCUUUGUCCGGGGUCCGGGCGGAUUUUUACAGUGUCCGGCCUUUUCACAAAAUUGAGCGUAAUACAGUUAAAUUUACAGUUCGUCCCGUUCUAUUGCUCUUUUCUUAAAUACUUUAGCUAUUGGCACAGCCUUCGUGAUAGACAAGCACGAAGGCACUGUUACUAGGUGGCACCAGGAUCGAGAAUGUUUUCUCUAAUUACCACACAGUGGAAUGAUGAGAGGAAUAGAUUAAACCUUGAAUCAGUGAAAGGUCUGUUGAUGAUCCAAUAUAAUUUAAAGGAAUUUUCAUGUGUGUCAUUUUACAAUUAUCUGUUAAGUAAGCCUAAACUUUUGCAAAAAAUUGUUUCCGCCGAGAAGUAUCAAUAAUUGUUAAGAAAUGUAUGUAAUGUCUAUAAAUAAUAAACUCACGUAUUAAAAUUGAA